UACUUGUACCUCUAAUACUUUCAGAUGUAAUGUAGAAAACCUCAAAUUCCGGCGGUGAGGAUGCGAGGCCAACGGAAGCGGGGUUCCGAGGACGUGUGGAACGGGCACGGAGGUUAUAUGGGGAUAAAGAAGGCAAAGCUUGUCGGUCAGUUUGCAGAGCAGGCCCAGGGGGUUGCUAAACAAGCCGGGAUAUUCAGAGGUGUGAGUAUAUUUGUGAAUGGGUGGACUACCCCUGGUUCUGAUGAGUUAAAGCGUAUAAUGAUGAAGCACGGAGGGGUUUAUCAUCAUUAUUACAACUCACAGAAAACUACUCAUAUCAUAGCUUCAAAUCUUCCAGACGUGAAAAUUCGGCAGUUAAAAGGUCAUGAGCUAGUUAUCAAACCUGAAUGGAUUACUGCUUGUUUAUCAGAGAAUCGUCUCCUUGAUUACAAACCAUUCCUCUUAUUUACUCAUCAGUCCAGGAACCAGAAGAUUAUAAACUUCAAGCCCGUUGUUAAUGACAGUAAAGAAAACUCCUCUCAUGAACCUACUGGGGAUUCUUCUAGCUUCAGGUUUGAUAAUGAACUACCGGAGGACAGUUUUAAUGAAGAAAACUCAAAUUCUUCAAAUAAAUUUCACAAUUCUACAAUUGAUAACCCUGUCACCCCAAGAUUGCAUAAUACCUCAACCAGUCAUCCUAAUAGUGGUCCUAGUCCUGUAAAAACUGGGGCAAGUCCUGUAAAAAAUGGGGCAAGUCCUGUAAAAAAUAGGGCAAGUCCUCAAAAAGGUUCUGAAAAAGACCGAUGGUUGGCUAAGGACGCUUCAGAUCCAAGGUUUUUGGGAGAAUUUUUCCAAAACUCCCGACUUCAUCAUAUUUCCUGCAUGGGGUCCAACGCUAAGGAGUAUGUGACUAGUCUGCGUGAGGAACAUUCUGGAAGUUUCCCUGCCCGCGCUAACCUGGAUAGACUGAGGGAUUCCGCCGGAACUAUCAAGAAAACAAUAAUGCAUAUUGAUAUGGAUUGCUUCUUUGUAUCCGUGGGUUUGAGAAAUCGUCCAGAUCUUGUUGGGAAACCAGUUGCAGUUACACAUUCAAGAGGGAAUAAGCCGAGCCGAGGAGUAGAAGAGGAUAGGAUAGCUACUGAAGCAAGGAGAAAUGAACUUUUAAGGUACCAAGAGAAAUUGAAUAAGAGGUCUGGAGUAGAUAAUUCUAGUCCUGGAUCCCUGGCCUUAAAACUCGAAAAUGUUGACGGACUAAGUUCAUUCUCAGAGAUUGCCAGCUGUAGCUACGAAGCUAGACUUAAAGGAAUAAAAAACGGUAUGUUUCUGGGUCCUGCCUUGAAGCUUUGCCCUGAGCUAGAAACUAUUCCUUACGAUUUCCCAGGAUACGAGUCUGUAUCCAGGAUACUAUAUGAUACUGUAUCUAGUUAUACGCUGGAUAUCCAGGCAGUGAGCUGUGACGAGAUGUUUGUAAACCUGACUCCGCUACUCAAGAACCUGAAUAUGGACGCAGUUCAGUUUGUGUCACAGCUACGUCAAGAGAUCAAGGAGAGGACAGGUUGCUGCUGUUCUGUUGGACUCGGAGAGAAUAUAUUUCUGGCGAGGAUGGCAACAAAGAAAGCUAAACCUGACGGUCAGUAUCUGCUGGAGGAGGAAAAUGUUACAGAAUUACUUGCAGAUCUCAAGGUUACUGAGUUACCUGGAGUUGGAAGAAGUAUGGAGCAGAAACUUUCUAGUUUAGGAGUUCACAAUUGUGGAGACCUUCAGAAACUUACUCUUGGACAAUUGCAGGCUGAGAUAGGGAACAAGUCAGGAACACAACUUUAUAACUUCUGUCGAGGAAUAGACUCUAGAAAACUUGAACUGGAUCAGGUUCGUAAGACCGUUAGUGCUGAGGUGAACUAUGGGAUAAGGUUUACAUCCUGGGCAGAUACUGAACAGUUUAUAAACCAGCUCGCAGGAGAGGUAUCUAGUAGACUAGAGAAACUGGGAACCAAGGGUAGAUCUAUAACUCUAGUAUAG